CUUGUAAAUACCUUUCAGUGAUUAAUUGCCCACAGACGCUCUGCAGAGGCAGAUCCAUGUCGGAGGAGCUUUACAGGAAAGCCAAAAGACCGCUGACAAAUGCAGAGGCUCCCUUUCAGCAGCACCAUGAGGUCAGCCUGUCUCUUCCUGCUUCUGGUCACCGCCUGCUGGGCUCUGCCCUUCCGCCAGUCAGGAUUCCUAGACUUUAUGAUGGAGGAUGACCCCGGAUCGGGGGUCUUUGAGGUGCCUGGAGGAAGGGAAGCCCCUGUCCCAAAUCCAGGACCCAAGUGUCCCUUCAGGUGUCAGUGCCAACACCGGGUGAUCCAGUGCUCUGACCUCGGGUUGACACAAGUUCCUGAGGACAUCCCAGAAGAUAUAAGCCUGCUGGACCUGCAGAACAACAAGAUCACUGAAAUCAAGGAGAAUGAUUUAAAGGGCCUAAAAGGUCUACAAACUCUGAUUUUGGUGAACAACAAAAUCACCACCAUCCACCCUAAAGCGUUCAGCUCUCUGGGCAAGCUCCAGCGCCUCUACCUGUCGAAGAACUUGCUGAAGGACGUGCCCGCCAACAUGCCCAAGAGCCUGCAGGAGCUCCGCAUCCACGAGAACGAGAUUACAAAGAUCAAGAAAGCCUCCUUCCAGGGCAUGUCUAAUGUCAUCGUCAUGGAGCUUGGGUCUAACCCCCUGAAGAGCGCAGGAGUUGAAGCUUCGGCUUUUGUCGACCUGAAAAGGGUCUCCUACAUCCGAAUUGCUGACACCAACAUCACUGAGAUCCCUAAAGGUCUUCCCAGCUCCCUCUCUGAGCUUCACUUGGAUGGAAACAAAAUUACCAAAGUGACAUCGAACAGCCUAAAAGGCCUGAAGAGCCUGGCCAAGCUUGGUUUGAGCUACAAUGAAAUCAGCUCUGUGGAAAAUGGCUCACUGGCUAACGUCCCCCACUUGAGAGAACUGCACAUGGACAACAACGCUCUGACCAGCGUUCCCCCUGGUUUACCCGACCAUAAAUACAUCCAGGUGGUCUAUCUUCACUCCAACAAGAUUGCUGCUGUGGGAACAGAGGACUUCUGUCCUCCUAACUUCAACACCAAAAAGGCCAUGUACUCCGGCAUCAGCCUGUUCAGCAAUCCCGUGCCUUACUGGGAAGUCCAGCCGAUCACCUUCCGCUGCGUCUUCGACCGCACCGCCAUUCAACUCGGAAACUACAGGAAGAAGUAGAGCGUCCAGAGAGCCCGCCGGAGGAAGAGCGUGUUAUUGUAAAUGAGUGUACGAACGUUUUGAGAGUGCGCAUGUUUGACCAUAGCCGGAAAACACUGACCUUCCACCCUCUCGACAACUGCCACCCCAAACAGUAAUGACAUUACUAACACCAUGCUGUCAGCACAUCACUUCGUAAUAAAAAAAAAAAACACACAUCCUGGAGAACAUUUACAGAGAAAAACAUCAUUUGUGAAACUACAGAAAAGACAUUCCACUUACGUUUUUCCAUAUGAGCAUUCACUAGAUUGAAAAAAGUCAAAAUAUACAAAACACUAACUGACAUAUGAAAUUUCUUUAUGGAAAAAGUAAUGAACUUUUAUUUUUUUUGGACUUUUACCUCUUUUGAGUUUCACUCAUGCUUGCCUGUGGAGCAGGCACAUUUUAAAAGCCUUUCUGCUAGAUCUGUGUAGCACACAAAGUAUUUUUUCCAUGUAAUACUAUCAAACUGAACUCCCACAAAAGACCUGAACUUUAUAUUGUAUUCACUUCUGCUUGCGUUUUCUUCUGUAUUGCUCCAGUUCACUUUUUCUCCAUGUCAUCCCCCUUUUUUUAAUGUGUAAUUUUUAUAAAGCAAGGUGAAAGUAGCAACUAAAAAUGUAGAAUAAACCAUAUACACUUUAAACAGAAGUAUUUUCCAAAGAAUGUGCAUCUUCUUGACUCUUAACUAGAGCUUAAUGAAUUUAUUUUUUUUUCUUAUUGCUUUAUUUCUUCAGCAGUAAUUCAAGGGCGUUUCCAUGACACCCCUGUUUUUGUGGAUGUUGUAUGUAUAGAUGCUGUAUAUAAAUGCUGUAUAAAAAAACAACAAAACUUCU